AGGCAGUUUAGUUCAUCACAGUUUGUCGCGAGAAUCGGACCUGGCUCAGCGUUCCGUCGUCGGUUCCCGGUUUGACGUCGGUGUGUGUUCAGCUAAUCGGCGCUGCGAGAAAGAAGCAAGAUAUUUUUAGCUUUUAAUUCCUUGCAAUUUUUUUUUGUUCGUUUCGCUCGUCCGGUCGACGACAGAAGAGCGCCGUGCCAAUUCCUCGUCGCUGCAGGUUCGAAUCCCGGUGCAAUUGUUCCGUCGUUCGUUGUGUGUGUGUGUGCGGCCGCGAAAGAGGUGCGGUUCUCGACGGGGUAUUUAGUUCUACCGGAAUUCCGACCAAGAAGAAAGUGUCAACUCUUGUGGCGGCCGAAAAUAAGCUCGGAUUGGCGAAAUUGUGAUUUUCUGCGGCGCUGUCUGCGUGGCGCGGCCAAAAAGAGAAAGCACCAAAAAUCAUCCGAUCUGCACACGUAAACACACACUUUUGUUGUCUGUGCCGGGAGUGAGCGAGAGAGAGAGAGAGAGCGCGCGUGUGAAUGCCGUCCAGCCAGGGCUACCAAAAGGUUGCGUCGGACCCAUCCGAAGCGGAGCUGGUCCAGAGAACCGCAGCAGGCGAAGAAAUGCCCUCGAUGCAACAGCCAGAUACAGCCGUGACCGCCAAUCCGGCGGGCAAGAUUCCGGCCACAAACUCGCAGCAGCGGCUGAUGCCGGGCGAUUCGGAUUCGGUGUCCUCCUCGUUGGACGAGGGCGACCCGGAAGCGCCGCCGGGCGGUGGCCGGCUAGAGGACGACGAGGUGACGGUGGCCAGCUCGACGCAGGUGUCGGCCACGGCCUGGUUCACGGUGGGCGUGCUGUGCUUUGUCAAUCUGAUCAACUACAUGGAUCGGUUCACGAUUGCCGGCGUGCUAACGGACAUCCAGGAGCACUUCCAGAUCGGCGAUGACGAGGGUGGCCUGCUGCAGACGGCCUUCGUGCUGUCGUACAUGAUCUGUGCGCCCGUGUUCGGCUACCUCGGCGAUCGGUACUCGCGCAAGUGGAUCAUGGCACUGGGGGUGUUCCUGUGGAGUACGACGACGCUGCUGGGCUCGUUUAUGAACCACUUUGGGUGGUUCAUCACGUUCCGGGCGCUGGUCGGUAUCGGCGAGGCGUCGUACAGUACGAUCGCGCCGACGAUCAUCUCGGAUCUGUUCGUGGGUGAUAUGCGAUCGAAGAUGCUGGCGCUGUUUUACUUUGCGAUCCCGGUGGGGUCGGGCUUUGGUUACAUCGUCGGCUCGGAGACGGCCAAAUUCUUCGGCAACUGGGUGUGGGCGUUGCGCGUCACCCCCGUCCUGGGCGUGAUCGCCGUCGUGCUGAUCGCCAUGCUGCGCGACCCGGAACGCGGUGCCAGCGAGGGAACCCACCACAUGCAGGCCACCUCGUACAGCGAGGACAUCAAGGCGAUCGUGCGCAACCCGUCCUUUAUGCUGUCGACGGCCGGCUUCACGUGCGUAGCGUUCGUGGCCGGAGCGCUGGCCUGGUGGGGACCGAAGUUCAUCUAUCUGGGGCUGGUGUCGCAGCCGGGCAACGAAAACAUCACCCUGAACGACGUGUCGUUCAUCUUCGGUGCGAUCACCAUGACCACGGGCAUUAUCGGGGUGCCGCUGGGGUCGUACCUGUCGCAACGCUUCAACCGCAAGUACCCGCGGGCCGACCCGUACAUCUGUGCGGUCGGGUUGAUCCUGAGUGCACCGCUGCUGGCCGGCGCCAUGCUCACGGUCUCGGCGAACGCGACCCUCGCGUACGUUCUAGUAUUUUUCGGUGAGCUAGCACUGAACCUCAAUUGGGCAAUUGUGGCGGAUAUUUUGCUGUAUGUCGUAGUGCCGACGCGACGAUCCACGGCGGAAGCGUUCCAGAUUUUGAUUUCGCACGCGUUAGGUGAUGCCGGCAGUCCGUACUUCGUCGGAGUGAUUUCCGAGGCCAUCAAGCGGUUACUGCGGCUGUCGGCGAUCGGCGUCGCGGCCGUCUUCCCCGCGGAACUGUCCAGCUACUCGCAGCUGGCGGAAAAUGCAACCAUCGCGACAACGACCACUCUGGCCCCCCUCGUCAGCCAAAGCCCCCUGGCGGGUGCCGCCGACGGUGACAGCCAUGCCGUCCAGUUCCGGGCCCUGCAGUACGCCCUGUUCUCGACCAGCUUCGUCGAGGUCAUCGGCGGCGUGUUCUUCCUGCUGACGGCGAUGUACAUCCUGCGGGACCGACGGAACGUCGAGCGGGUUGUGGCAGGUUGCGAUCUAGAACUUAGCGAGAGUUCGUCGGGGUCGGAAACGCUCGAUCCAAGCACAGCGAUCGCUCGGGAAUCGUCGCGAACUCAUCGCCAUCAUCAUCAUCGCCGCCAUCAUCAGGACCGGCGCUCGAACUCUUCCAGCUCGUAACAGCAACAGCAGAUCGAGAUCAUUUAAUUGGUGGUGUCCUUUGGGUCCUAAUGCCACGUCGAUGUUAACCCAAAGAGUGUGUUCUGUAGUAUUUUAAUGCCACUGUGUAUAUUUAGAAUAGCACACAUUCGAACUUCAGAGGCAAAUAGUUCAACAGGUUGCGGAUUUUGUUGCGCAGCGUAGAAAACCAAACCACCAGCUCAUCGGCCCACCAGUUGAACAACUCCACGUCCAGUUCGUCCGUGUCGGAAUAGUAGAGGCGGUGCACACUGGCCACCGGUGAUAUCAACCCUAGCAGCAGCCGCCGCAGCAGCUUCUAUCACAAUCAUCCAGCAGUAGCAGCAACCUCAAAUGCUCAAUGCAAUAUUAAGAAGAAGAAAAAUGGGAGGGGUUUGUUUGUUAGCUAAGGUCCUAAAGUAGAAGCAGUUAAAGCAGCAGCAGCUUCUCAUCAAAUUGUACAUACAUCCACUGUAGAGAGAGAGAGAGAAAUGAAGGUUAAGGCGAAAUUAAUCACACACACACUCAUCUGCUUUUGUUUAAAGCAAACAAAGUUAGCCAAUAAUAUCGAUUGUUACUUUAGGGAGCGAAAGUUAGAGUGCAUGAAUUGAGAGGGAAGAGCAAAACAAAAAGAAAAAAUCACAGAUUAUCAACGACUGAAGACUAGUUUUACUGUAGCUACAUUUAGUGAGUCCCCCGCAUCCACCCCCAACUUAAGUUCCCGCCACACUUUGUUUUUGGUGUCUUUUUGUCCUUUGGAAGAACGCUAAACGGAUUGGGUUUUCUUCUACUUGUUGUUGAACGGGGAUUUUUGGUGUGAAAUUUAUUAAAGCAAAAAAAAAAAUCGAUUGGGACUUGUUUGAGAAUGAAAGUUGUUGAGCGGCAUAACAGUGCGAAUGAGUCCGGGUUGAAUUAUGUGCGCGAAAAGAACGACUAACUUCUAAAUCUAGAGAGACUGCCUUUCGAUAAACAGACAAAAUCACACUUUGUAAGUAGGUAAUUGCGGAGAGAAAUUAAUUCUCAAAAAAAUUAAAACAACAAAAAACAUCCAUGUAAAGUUUAAUUUGGUCAGACAAAAGUUCCAGAUAAAUCUUUUUGUUGAAGAAAAAAUUAUUGCAAAGUCACAUAGUUUAAAAACAAUAGCGCUAGAAUAUUUAUUUAUCACUUACUGCUAGGUUAAGGUGAUUUGGCCUGCACUUAUAAUGCGCGCUAAAUCGAAAGAAAAUCACAUUAAAAGUAAGUUGAAAAAAUGGAUAAUAAAUAAUUUUACACGAAA